AUGUCUUUUUACUCGCGUCAACAACUGUCAUUCACAUUCCCAUACAGGAUUCAUUCUGGUCGCCUUACUUCAAGUGCCAACCGAUUUCAUAACAGUGUCAGUCGAGGGCCUAUCUCUGUCGAGUCUCAGACCUCGUCCCCGAUAACUUGCAACCCAACUUCGACAGGCCUAGCUUAUCAGUCAACUUCUCAGCGUUUGGGCCUUCUUAGCCGACCAAAGCAUUUACCUUCGUCAGGGUCCAGUUUGCUUGCUGGUAUGGCCUUGUCGCUUGCUCCUUCUCCCGCGGUCCCCUUGCCUCCACAGGCAAUCUCACCAGCUCCAUCUUCAUCCUUCUUCUCUGGUCUGCCGCAUCACUUGUCCAGUUUAGCCAAUGCUAUUAAUGGCCCUGGAUCGGGCCUCUGUCCCUCCUCCGGCAACACUCUUCUGGGCAACUAUCCGCUCACUGGAUUGACUAGUUGGCCCUCCCCUGCUGCACUCGGGCUUCAAAGCUUACCAGGUCCGGCAAACUCAGACCAGUUUUCCCCACCCUCUGGUCAGCAAACUGGUCUCCGUUCCAGCCGGCAACUUAAUCCUGCUUCACUUUUCCUGUUUUCGGCAGCAGCGGCCGCAGCCGCGGCCGCUGCUGCGGCUUCAGGUUCCUCUGCCUCUAAUACCCUACCGACGACAACAUUUACGUCCACAACAAAUUCAGGCGCGCCUACAAGUAUUUUGGGUAGCACAAUGGAGACAGUUAGUUCUUCACCUGAUAUGAGUACAGCGAGGAAGACCAGCAGCUGUUCUAGAGGCCUGGUCAGUGGCUACGAGUUUCUUAGCGGGACUCUCAGUCGUGGAGGCUUUGAGGAGGCCGGGUCUCCGGGCCAUCAGGCAGGGACUGAGGUUGACCUGACUGCAGGCCGUCUGGUGCAGGGUCAGAGCCUGCAGAAUAUGGGCAAUGAUAAGAUUUUUUAUUGCUAUCAAUGUGGCAAAAGUUUUAAGCGAUCGUCAACGCUCAGCACACAUCUUCUCAUUCACAGCGACACCAGGCCUUACCCCUGCCAGUACUGUGGCAAGCGAUUCCACCAGAAGUCGGACAUGAAAAAGCACACCUAUAUUCACACAGGUAGAGCUAAAAUUACAAUUUUAUCUUUUUAUUUUCUCUAUUUAACUUUGAUCAUUGUUUCUAUAUUUACGAAUUCUUUGUUUAUUGUUUUUUCAACUGCUUAUGUGUCAACUGUCCUACCCCUUACGCUGUUAACACUAGGUGAGAAGCCAUACAAGUGCCUCCAGUGUGGAAAAGCAUUUAGCCAAUCCUCCAACCUGAUCACGCAUUCGCGUAAACACUCUGGUUUCAAGCCAUUUUCGUGUGUUCGCUGUUUCAGGGCUUUUCAACGCAAGGUAGACUUACGACGCCACAUGGAGACGCAGCAUGGUACUACUGCCAAUGAAUUUAAGCAGGUGAGCCUCAACUUCCCUGAAAUACCCUUGAAAUCCUACCUUUACAAAUUAAUUUGCAUUCAUGCAUUCUAUUUAGGUGCUAUCAUUGAAACGUAUCGCUCUUUUCAAGUAGUCGUCAUUUAA